CUUCAGUCAACACAGGUGCACGAACUCAUGUUAGGUGAACUGACCGCGGGCAAAAAACAAAUGGUCAAUUCGACCAGGAUGGUUCACAUCAGAUUCCUCUGCAAGUAAACUGUGGCGUAAGUUCAUAAGUGAUACGAGCCGAAUUAGGCCGUUCGGCCCAUCAAGUCUACUCCGCCGUUCAAUCAUGGCUGAUCUAUCUCUCCCUUUCUCCUGCCUUCUCCCCAUAACCUAAUCAAGAACCCUGUUAACUCGUGUACUGAUCAACUGGGACAACUUACUUCAGUCUCAAGCGUGGAAAAAGCGUGGCACCUUAUAUCAGGACAGCAGGCGGGCACACCGCGUGGAUCUUUUGCUGUCUAUUUCAUGUUUCUCUAUUAAUUCACGACUUAGGGAAAAAAUGCCUUGUUGUAGUUUCCCAAAAUGUGAAAGUAGUUUCCCAAAAUGUAAAAGUAUUUCCCCCCCCCAAGACCUAAACCUCAAAGGGAGGAAAAUAGAAUUAACACCUUUAAUUGCUUUAAUUAAGGAGAUUAUCUCCUCCAAUAAUAAACAGGGAAUUCUUUCCUGAUAAUGCUGACGAGGGCGACCAAUGGGCGAGCGAGGUGUCACCGACAGUGACGCAGGUUUCAUUGACGUAGACCACAGUUGGCCAAUCAGAAAGUCGAGUUGGCUGUUUCUCCCCCCUAUUGACCAAUAAGGACGGGGAAGCGGGACAGAUACAACCAAUUGAAUCGCAGCAAAGUGACGAAUGGGGACUCGAGGUGGAAAGGCCUAACCAAUGGGGCAGAGUCCAGGAUCUGCAAGUGUGAAAUAGUGACACAAGGUGGAAGUCGAGGCUUCUCUCCAGUAAAUACAGUGCGAGAAGGAACUAACUGGGUCUGCAGCAAGAGAGUAAGGACCAUUGCAUCGCCUUCUUUCCAAUCACACCUCGCCUUCUUUAUUUUAUUUUUUUGUUUCUCCUUCCCCACGGUUUGGAAUAAAAAUCCGAUGGAAAAAUCCAAAAAUUUCCGGAUCGACGCUCUCCUGGCCGCCGAUCUCCCCAAACCUCCAACUUGCUCGCCUCUCCUCGCAACUUCACCCCCGUCCUCCGCAGCCAGCCCUUCAAUGCUCGACCAGCACCCGGUCAUCUCCGACUGCCUGCGCACUGACAGCCCGUCCCCCCCGGGGCUGAGCCUCGGCAGCCUGAUGUCCAAGCCCGGCUUCCUGAGCGUCCAGCAGCACCCGGGCAUGGUCGGCCUUCAUCCUCACGGGGGGAUCCCGGCUUCGGCCCUCUACGGCCACCCGAUGUACACUUACUCGGCCCUGACCGGUCAGCCCGGCGGCCUGCCGUACCCUUACCCCCAGCUAACAGGCACCCAUCACUCGGAGCCACUCAAAGUAACGGCCGGGACCUUUCAGAUAGACCAGUGGCUUCGAGCCUCGACAGCCGGGAUAAUGCUGCCGAAAAUGCCGGAUUUCAACGCACAGGCACAGUCCAGCAUGCUGGGAAAGUGCCGUAGGCCGCGAACGGCUUUUACCAGCCAACAACUCUUGGAACUGGAACAUCAAUUCAAACUGAACAAGUACCUCUCCCGCCCCAAACGAUUCGAAGUGGCCACGUCUUUGAUGUUAACAGAGACACAGGUUAAAAUAUGGUUUCAAAACAGACGGAUGAAAUGGAAACGGAGCAAAAAGGCCAAAGAACAGGCGGCCCAGGACGCGGUGAAACAGAAAGGGAAAUCCACCGAGCACACGCCCAGCGACUCGCAGGAGAAAGCUGACAUUACCAAAAGCGAGCAGAGCAAACGAUCCAGGUUAAGGAGCGUCCGGGGCAGCGACGAGGAAGGCGGAAGUUUAACAUGUCCUUCGUCCGAAUGCUCUUCAGACGAAGAACCCGAUCAGGGUCAGACGCACCAGGGCCCGACCAUGAAAAUUAAAUAGGUUUUAUCGGUUUCCCCCCUCCGCGACCAGAUCACGUCCUCAGACAAACAGCUCGACUUAUGCAGACUCUGGACUGGCAGGUUUCUCUCAAAACCAACAGGUUUGUUUCUGUUUUACUCCAUCGGCAUUUCUAACCAGUUUGCCAUAACUUACAGGCCCGUGUAUCGCCGAACGUUAAAGAACAAGUGGGAAAUUGCAAGACUGUACCGUCUUUAUUUUUGUAUUGUAUUUAUAAGAACUGGCCCCUAGUUAUGCAUGCUAAGUUAUUGUUUAGCUAGUGUGCUGUUACGUUCCCCUUCCCCCAAUAUAUUGCAAGAUGCCGCUGUAUAUAUAAUGCACAAUAAACGUUUUG